CACACGCUCCGCUGUUAUAAGUUGCUACGAGCUACGAUCGAGUGUAGACCGCGCUAUUUAUAUUUAAUAAUAUUUGUAGUAAUCGUGUUCCAAAUUAGAAGAUUGAGUUAAGUGAUGAAAGUUCACACUGAUUAAUUAAGUGUAUUGUGCCAUUGUAAUUAAGACAAAAUGUAUUUCGUUGUUCUUGUAAUCACUUUUAUAGCGGAUGGAGGUGGUGCUCAGUUAAAUGAAGACAGCUGUGACCCCAGCGAGCUGAAGAUAUGUGUCCAGACCACCCCGAAGACUCCAGUGGGGCUGCCGAGGACUCAGGAAGAACUUGACGCACAUUGCUUGGCGUACCAGACGGGCAUGUCGUGUAUGGACACGUGGAUCAGGAGGUGUCUGCCGACGGACGGACAGAAACUGGUGCAGCAGCAGAUCGGAGGGGCGCGGGCUCUGAUGAGGUUCCUAUGCAGCAACGAGACCGGGUUACGAAGAGAUUUCCUCAAAGAGCCAUCGUGUUGGAGGUUGGUGUCAGCUGACUGGACUGGCUGCGUGGAUGAGUUGCAGCUUGCAGUAAGAGAUAUCUCGCACCGAUCGCAACAAAUUACAUUUUUUAAUAAAAACUCUGAGUUGUGCUGUGCCCGUGAUGCGUUCCUCGGCUGCGUGUCCCGCGUGGGCCGCAUCUGCUCGCCGGCGGCUGGUGACCUGCUCCGCCGCAUGGCCUGGGUCCUGGCCCAGGACGUCGCGGCCUGCUCCCACCAGCCCCGGGCCCGCUGUCGAGCCACACACUCCGCGCUCUCCUCUCACACACUAACAUUACUCUCUACUGCGCUGCUGUACCCCCCACUGCAUCUAUAAACCUAGGCCACAAUCUCUUGCGUCACGCGAGACUGUAAUAUUAUCCAAGUUUCUGUUUUUGAAGUGAAAACUGCAUUAGGUGCGGUGAGUAAUACUCACUAACUAAGUUCCUUUUUAUUGAAUCUAUAUACAAACUGCAAGAAAACGCUCGAAUCGAAUAGAAUAUUUUUGAUUUUUUUUUUAAAUUUGUAACAUUUUAUUUUAUGUACCAGUACUUUUCAAUACGUAGACAAUUGUUUCUAAAACAUUGAAUGCUUAUAAAAACUCUUUUGUUUAAGAUAGUCAUCCAUAGUUGUAUAGAACAGUUUUGGGUGCUCGUUUUGUGCAUAUGGGUUUAUAUUACAUCUCAUAAUAUUAUAUAAUUAGUAUAGAGAGAUUUCUGGUGUACGGGCCGAAACCAAUAAUUUACUCGAACCAUAAAACUGUUAAGUCUUAGAUUAAGGAUUGGUCCCCGUUGCACUCCAACUAAAUACCACAGGCGUAGUCGCAAAGUGCGGCAACUUUUACUACUCUACUCGAACUAGUCUCGAACAAUGUCUGACCAUGUUCUGUUAAACUUUGCUAAUAAUUGGAACUAAAAAGCCUGGUUGCGUAGUAAAACUUUGUAAAAAUAAUACUACAAGAAAUAAGAAAGACACUGGGAUCACAUAUCAUCAGUAAGUAUAUUGUAUUUUAUUAAUUUCGAUGUAAAAUAACACGAAGUGUAUGUUCCAAAAUUGUAAAGAUGCCAGGCAAACUAGCAUCUAAUAGUUGCCGUAAUAAAAAAGGUAAGUAUUGUUUUUAAGUAGUACGGUAUCUAGUUGGAGCGCAGCGGAGACCAAUCCUUAAUCUACGUGUCAAGUUUUGAACAGAAAUUACUUUUACUGCAAUUUGUUCAUGAAAACAACGUGUGUAAGAUAAAGUGAUACCGAAGUGACAGUUAAUGUCACAAAAAUCAAAAGCGAUGUCUAGUCAAUAGGUAUAUUCUAGUAGAUAUAUCAUUACUUAAAUAAUUAUAAUCAUGUAACCUGAAAGAAUAAGUAAAUAAACUUUUUUAAAUGUG